CGGGAGCUUGUUACCAGGCAGACUAGUUUCCAACAUGGCGUCGACGAGCACGACAGAGCAAACGCAGUUGCAAGACAUGGAGGAGGACGAUGCUGAGAUGGACGAGAGAGCGAUGGAGUCAGACAACGACGACGGCGAAGACAUGGGCGAUGAAGCGUCCGACGAUGAAGACAACGAUUCUUCUGAGGACGAGAAAGAAAACGAAGCUGAAAUCCAGCGCCUGGAGGAGCAGCUAUCAAUAAACGCCUUUGACUACAACUGCCAUGUUGACCUGAUUAAACUUCUGAAGCAAGAGGGAGAGCUUUUGCGUCUAAGGAAGGCAAGGCAGAAGAUGAGUGAGCUUUUCCCGCUCACUGAAGAGAUCUGGCUUGACUGGCUCAAGGACGAGAUCCGUAUGACUGAGGAGGAACCUAAUCGAGAGGCAGUGUACGAGCUGUUUGAAAGAGCAGUGAAAGAUUAUAUCUGCCCAGAAAUCUGGCUUGAAUAUGCCCAGUAUUCAAUUGGUGGCAUGGGCUCACCAGGGGGAAUUGAGAAAGUGAGGUCCAUCUUUGAGAGAGCUGUGACAGCAGUGGGGCUUCACAUGACCAAGGGACACACUGUGUGGGAGGCUUACAGGGAGUUUGAGGAUGCUAUUCUGUCCACAGUGCAGCCUCCGCCAGGACGGAUCCCCAGCCCAGAGGAACAGGAGCGCCUUAGCACUCAGCUAGGGCGAAUUCACACACUAUUCCGUCGCCAGCUUGCUAUCCCCUUAAUAGAUAUGGAGAACACUUUUGCGGAGUAUGAAGAAUGGUCCGAAACUGGGGUGGCAGACACAAUUGUAAAUCAGUACAAGAAGGCUUUGCAGCAGAUGGAAAAAUACAAAGCUCUCGAGGAAUCUUUGUUGGUUGCCGAGACUCCUAAGCUGGCAGAGUACCAGACCUAUCUUGAUUUCGAAAUGAAGGAAGGCGACCCAGCUAGGAUCCAGAUUACCUUCGAGCGGGCGCUGGCUGAGAACUGCCUGGUGCCUGACAUGUGGGAAAAAUAUACCAAAUACCUUGAUCGUCAGCUGAAAAUUAAAGACCUGGUUUUGUCCACUCAUGAAAGAGCGGUCAGAAACUGUCCAUGGACCAUGGGUUUGUGGAAGAGCUACCUUCUCGCCCUUGAGAGACACAGAGCUGAUCACAAGACAGUCUCAGACGUGUUUGAGAAGGCCCUGAGUGCAGGUUUUAUUCAAGCUACCGAUUAUGUGGAAAUUUGGCAGGCGUACCUCGAUUACCUGAGGAGACGUGUAGAUUUCAGCAGUGAGUCAAGUAAAGAGUUGGAGGAACUAAGAGCUGCCUUCGCUCGAUCUCUGGACUACAUGAAACAGGAUGUUGAAGAACGCUUCGGUGAAAGUGGUGAUUCUUCGUGUGUCAUAAUGCAGAUCUGGGCAAGAAUAGAGGCACUACACUGCAAAAACAUUCAGAAAGCCAGAGAGCUGUGGGACAGUAUCAUGACCAAAGGAAAUGCCAAAUAUGCCAACAUGUGGCUGGAGUACUACAACCUGGAAAGGUCUUACGGCGAUACCGUCCACUGUCGAAAAGCUCUUCACCGGGCUGUCCAGUGCACGUCGGACUAUCCGGAGCACGUGUGUGAAGUUCUGCUCACCUUCGAGAGAGUGGAAGGCUCUAUAGAGGACUGGGAUGUAGCAGUGCAGAAGACUGAGAAUCGGCUGAUAAGGGUGAACGAGCAGCGGGCCAGAACAGCUGAGAAAGAAGCCAACCUCGCGCUUCAGGAAGAGGAGAAGGCGGAGCAGCAGCGGAAGAUGAAGGCAGACAAGAAAGCUCAGAAGAAGGCUCAGAAAGUCUUCAGAGCAGGGGAGAAGAGGAAAGCUGAUCAGCAAGAAGGACUUCAGGAGGACUGGAGCGAAAACUCUGUGUCUAAAAGAAAGCGGCCGAAUGACCAAACAACGUUGGAGUUCAUGGAGACGGAGACGGGACACUCUGGCAAGAAACCUCCUCCUGGAUAUAAACCUGCUCCCCCGGGCAUGAAGAAACCACAGCAGGCUGUGGUCCAGCAGCAGAGCGACGACAAGAUGGAGCUUCGAAAUGACAACAGCAGCGUGUUCAUCAGUAACCUGGCGUACACCCUGGAGGAGCCAGAAGCCAAACUGCGGACUCUCUUUGAGACCUGUGGUCCUAUUAAUCAGGUCAGACCCGUGUUUGGCAACAAAGGGGGAUUCAAAGGUUACUGCUACGUCCAGUUCGAGGCCCCGGCUUCUGUCUCCGAAGCCCUGAAGCUGGACAGGAGGGAGCUGGAGGGGAGGCCCAUGUUUGUGUCGCCGUGUGUGGACAAGAGCAAAAAUCCAGACUUUAAGGUGUUCAAGUACAACACUUCAAUGGAGAAACACAAAAUCUUCAUCUCUGGCCUGCCCUUCUCCUGCACGAAGGAGCAGCUCGAGGAGCUCAGCAAAAGUCACGGCACCGUCAAAGAAGUCCGUCUGGUCACUUACCGGUCGGGGAAGCCCAAGGGUCUGGCCUAUGUGGAGUUUGCCAAUGAGGCCCAGGCCUCCCAGGCGGUUCUGAAGAUGGACGGCUUGGAGAUGGAAGGCAACAAAAUCUCAGUUGCCAUCAGCAACCCUCCCCGCAGGAACACAGAGAAGCCCGGCUUCAACAGACCCGCGAGCGACGCACGUCAGGCCUACGGAUCGAGAGGGAGGGGCCGCACGCAGCUGUCACUCCUGCCUCGGUCACUGCAUCGACCGGCUGAGCCCUCAAGCAAGGUGGCCAACGGAACUGCAGCUGAGUCAUCAUCUUCGUCAUCAUCGGCAGGUUCCAAACCUCUGUCCAAUUCUGACUUUGCCAAAAUGCUCUUGAGCAAGUGACAGAGGAACAGUGAGGAUCGUGCUCCAACUAAAUGACAUCAUGUGUUUCAGAGAGCCAAUGUUGUGAAUCUCUGUUGUAGAAUUCCUGUUCUAUUGUCCGCCCUGUGAGGUUGCCUUAAAGCCCUGCUCCUGCCCUCCACUUCCUGUCGACAUCUUGUUCAAAACCCUUUUUUUGUUGGAUUGUGGCUGGCAGGCUGUUUUAUAUGAGGAAGUGUAUAGUUGUAUGUAAAUACACAAAUCUACUGUCAAAGACUGAUCUGUUCGAUGUUUCAUGAAAGUUAUAUUUUUAAUAUUCGGCUACCGUUUUGGUUUUAACUUAAGGAGAUGUGGUGUGUAUGUGUACGCAGCAGUGAUUAUGAUGCAAACUAGUUCCCUUUUGGUCUUUCUUGCUUCACUUUUGAUAUGUAACUUUGCUUUAUUGUGAAAAGAUAUAAAGCCUUUUUAUGAUCUCCUUAAUAUGGAUCAAAGCUCAUGACUCCUGUUCAACAGUUACAUCUGCAUCGAAUCAGAAAUAGACACUUUGGAGCAGUUUGGUUUCUCAUCUCACUCCUGUUGCCAUUUUGGUAAAUAUCAGUCUUUUCUUAUAGUAGCUGAUACAUUUCUGACAAAAUCCCUUGACAGGUAGGCGAAAAUAAUACACCUAAAUCAAUAUCCAAAUCACCUAACCAUGUGGUCAUGAGAACAGUAGUGGAAUCAUGGCAACUAACCAUCAGGUAGGUGGCCACAACAAUGUCUGAUGCGAGUUCCACCUCACCUCACUGUCUGGACUAGAAUAGUUUAGUCACCUCUGUGGUUGUAAUGAUUCAUGUAAACAGACCAUGAUCCUUUCAGCAGCUGCUUCUUUUAAAACUAUGCACUUGGACGUUGAGCUGGGUCAAAAUCUCGUCUUCACUGUGGCUCUGUGUAUGAUUACUAUUAAUUCUUUAGUGGCUAAAAGUGUAAAGGCAUCACACCUCACAUGCAACUACACAGAAGUCCCUGGCCUGUCAAAACAUGAGACUUUUCACCAACCCAUUCCUUCUUGACCUUCUGCGGUGUCAGAGAGGACAAAGAGACGUUUUAUUUCAGUCUGUUUUUGACAGGUGUGAAUAUGUGUAACAUCCCAGAUGACCUCACCGAAGUUGCCUCGCUGUAAAUGCGUAGUUGUCUAUACUGAACGAUUUUAUUGGUUUCAGUUGUCCAGAAUUUUGUGGCUUUUGAGUGAAAUAAAUACAAAAUUGCCAGUUUUUAUAUGCAUUGUGUUUGUAUUAACUUAAACUUCUGUGAAUUCCAGAGCUGCAACAGUAUGUCCAUCAUUACCACAUAAAAUGU